GCUGCUGUGGCUCAUCAGACGUUAAGGUGGAGUGUUCACAUCACUGGAGCGAUAACAUGCAGCGCGGGGUGGAUGACGCUCUGAUGAGCCUCUGGAUCCACAUCCACAUCGAUUACAGUGAAGCUUCCUCCAGGUUCUUCCAGCUUCUUCAGCGCCAGCGCGCAGCAAGUGAAGCAUCUGCAGCUGACGACAUUCAGCCCAGGCCUUUGAGGAGCUGCCGGCUCUGACGUUUGUGCUGAAUGUGAGACAAAUGACCUGAAGCACCCACAGAUUCAGGCCUGAGUCAGAGCUGAUGGGGAGAUCCCCCCCCGUCCCCGCCGCUCAGAUCAGACCCAGCAGAGGGAGCGAUCAGCAUAGCAGAAGAUUAUUGUGCAACAAGUCCUUUCUCUGUUUCGCAUAUUCAACGACUGUCGUCAGCAGAGAUGCAGCUUUGAUUUGCCAGGAAAACACCUUCAGAUUCCAGAGCCCUCGGCGGCUUUCUGUGUUUUCGUAUCCAGUCAGAGAUGGAGCAACAGCAUCGGUGUGUGCCUGUGUUUUCUAGUUAUUGGUGCCAGAUGAUGAUUAGUAAUUAACGGGUUGUUACUGUUCCAGCAGCUGGGCCGAACUCUGGUUUCCUGUUGUGAAUGCACAGAGUGAUGGUUUAUUAUGAUUGGUCUACGUGAGUCAUUAGCACCAUAAUGUUUCCCUGACGAUGAUGAAGGGUUUGUGUUGUGAUGCUGCUGAGUCAUUAAUCAUUCAGUCCUGACUUCAUGGAGCUUUAGGAUCAGGUCAUGGCUCCAUCUACUGGACGCAGACAGGAAGCAGCACAAACGGAAACCUGCUUCAUUCGCUGGUUUAAGCACACUUCUGGUUCUGUUACAGCUUUGCAUGCUGGGAAGGUUUGUUUUAUUUUUAGAACAAGUCUCAAAAAUAUGUAAACCUGACGCUUUAUGAUCCCAAAAACACACAAAGCUUCUUCUCAUGACUCUGAUUGAAGUCUGUGAAUGAACUGAGUGGCUUAAACCCAACAGGCGCCGUCAGGUGAGUGAGGCCCAGCAGCGUCUGUCAGAUGACGUUGGCUUUAUGGCUUCAUCCCAGCUCGGUCAUAUCCCUGUGUGAACGGCUGUUACCCUUUCCUGUUCAAAGCUCAAAGUCCAGCUGUUCCACAGAGACGUCCAGACGUCCAACAACAGGAAGACAAGAAACCUCCAGAAAGGAAGCCCGUCUCAGCUGAAAGGCCAGAAGGACACAACGACGUGGGAGAGGAACAGAUGGAUUGUACCUGAGAGCAGCAGGUUGGAGAGAAGCCUCGGAUCCUUGAGCCCGGCAGACAUCUUGGAGUCGCACAGCAGCUUCGGCGGCUCCUCGGACCAGCGGCGCCCCCUGCUGGGCGGCAUGGAGCCUGAGAGCGGCCGGCUGCCCAUCCAGGUCCUAGGAGAGAACGAGGCCCUGCAGCAGUUCUUCAGCGGUCAGGAUGUGAGUGGCGUAUUGGACAGCUCCGUGGUGGACACCAGCAUCCUGGAGCGGUACCUCAGCAGCGACAUAGACCCCAGCAGCUUCAUGCUCCCUGAGUCUCCUCCUGACUCCAGCUCAGAGGCCUGUUCUCCUGCUCAGAUACCAGAUGUGCAUCGGGACCCCUCCUACUGGACCCAGCGGCCGACGGCGUCAUCCUGUCCCUUCACGGAUCGAGGCGCCGAGCUGCUGACGCACGAUCAGCUUCGCAGUUUGGGCCUCACUCACGCAGUCACCUACGCUAAACAUCAGCCUGUGUCUGAGCUGCCCUGCUCCCAGCCUGCAGCCUCCACCUCCACGCCACACGCCUGCUCCCCAGGAAAUAAGAGGAGGAGGCGCUCGGAGUCAGAGGAGCCAUCGGCGGGAGGCGACGCGUGCUGUGAAGGCACGGCUGCUGGUGCUGGUGGAGCUGGUGGAGCUGCUGGUGCCGCCGGCGCGCGGCCCGGGGCCGGCCUGGGGCUGACGGGAUCCUACCAGCUGCUGACGUGGGAGCCGUUCAGGCCGGAGCAGUGGAGCCCGUUGUACGACAGCGGCCACCAGACGCUGUCCCCGCCGGCCUACUGCGUGGACACGGACAAGGGCUUCAACUACUCCACGGCGGACGAGGCCUUCGUUUGCCAGAAGAAGAACCACUUUCAGGUCAGCGUUCACAUCGGCGUAGCGGCGGAGCCGCGCUACGUCCGAACGCCCGCGGGCCCGCGGGAGGCGCAUCACUUCCAGAUCCAGGUGUUCGGGCUCAAGCUGGAGGACCCCAGCCACCUGGUGACCAUAGAGCAGUCUCAGCCGGACCGCAGCAAGAAGCCCUUCCUCCCCGUCAGAGUCGGUCUGCCCGGUGGGAAGAUCACCAAGGUGACGCUCGGCCGGCUGCACUUCAGCGAGACCACGGCCAACAACAUGAGGAAGAAGGGCAAGCCCAACCCGGACCAGAGGUACUUCCAGAUGGUGGUGGGUCUGUACGCCGUGGUGAGGGAGGAGGCCUUCAUCGUCGCAGCUCUGGCGUCGGACAGACUCAUCGUCAGGGCCUCCAACCCCGGGCAGUUCGAGACGGACGGCGACGCGCUGUGGCAGCGCGGGGCCGCGCACGACGCCGUGGUGUGUUCAGGGCGCGUGGGCGUCAACACCGACGCGCCCGACGAGGCGCUGGUGGUCUGCGGCAACGCCAAGGUGAUGGGCGCCAUCAUGCAGCCGUCCGACCUGCGGGCCAAGCAGAAGGUCCAGGAGGUCGACGCCGAGCAGCAGCUCAAGAGAAUCACUCAGAUGAGAAUCGUGGAGUUCGAUUAUAAGCCGGAGUUCGCCUCCACCAUGGGAAUAGACCGAGUCCACCAGACCGGAGUCAUCGCUCAGGAGGUGAAGGAGCUGCUGCCGUCGGCGGUGAAGGACGUGGGCGACGUCACCUGCUCUGACGGAGACCGGAUCAGCCACUUCCUGAUGGUGGACAAGGAGCAGAUCUUCAUGGAGAACGUGGGCGCCGUGCAGCAGCUGUCCAAGCUCACCGACAACCUGGAGACGCGGAUCAACGAGCUGGAGGUGUGGAACCAGCGCCUGGCCAAGCUGAAGAGCCUGACGGGAAGCCUGCGCUCCUCAGGGAAGCCCGGUAAGCUCAGCGGCGCCCCCGCGUCCAGCCCCGACCCGUCCAAGUCUGAGAAGGUCCCGGAGCACGGCCGGAGCCGGAGAUGCGGCCGCUGGCGGCGGCACAAGGCCUUCCGGGCCGGCGUCUUCGCCGUCCUGGCCGCCAUGGCCGUGUGCGUCAUCUCCAUCACCGCUCUGUACCUGGUGAACCUGACGGAGGACGGCUCCGAGGGCCUGCACGGCAGCAGUAGCAACGGCAGCGCGGCUCCCGUGCCGACCACGGUCUGGACCAGCUCAGCGACCCGUCCACCGGGACUCUGGCCUCCAGCCGUGGACUUCUGUGAGCUGCUGUACUGUGACCAGGUUCACUGCUGCCCCACGAAAGCAGCCGACAGAGCCGAGUCCGGCGGAACCGAAGCCACAGAAAAGUCUGUGGUCUCAGGUGAGAACAGACGUGAACAGAACAUGAACAGAACGUGUAACACGGAACACGCUUCGCUCUGCUCCUCCACAGAACGGGAAAAACUGUACCAGAAGCUGAAGAGCAGCGGAGACUGGAGGAACACCAGCAUCCACUCGUUCCUGAUCAAAGAGAACCAGCAGCUCAUCGACAGCACAUACUGCCUGAGGGACGAGUGUGGGCCUCACAGAUACGUGUACCGGGUCCCCGUCAGCCGGUUCGUCCCCGUCAACAUGAGGAUCACGCUGCUGAUGAACUCCACAGAGCUGCUGGUGGUGCAUCUGUGCCGCUUCGACGAGUCGCUGGACUGCUCCGGGCUGCUGGAUAAAAACACCAUCACGGGGAGCGUCUACCCCUCGAACACGCAGGGGGAACACGAGUGGCCGCUCCACGUGGCCCGUCUCUACCAGAGCUCGUACCACUUCCGCUCCACGGUGGCUGGUCAAGCCGACUGCAGCACGGACCAUCACUUCGAGGGGGCGCUCUUCACCGACUACAUCUUCCACUUCUACAGGCGCUGCACGGACUCGUAGACUUCUAAACUAUUCAAUGACCCACACAAGCUUUUAUAUUUAUGUUUUUAAAAUAGGAGGCUCAGACACACUGCGUUUUCUCAUCUCGUCUUCUCUGAAAUGAAAAGUUAACACUCAGGUAUCAAAGGAUGAUUUCCCCAUGUCUGUAAAACCUUUGUUGUGGUAGUUUGAAGGUUGUAGCUAUGAACUAGUCUGUGUUUCUGUUGUUUCUCUGCUUUAUGGAGCUCAGGCCACAUGUCAGAUAAAAUCAAACCCAAAUUGUACUGAAAUUUAAACAUAAUAACAAUAGUAAUAACAAUUAAAUAAUAAAGUGGGAGUUCAAAUAAGAUUUAAAGCAGUGAUUAGUGCUGGACAGUCAGUAACACUGGUUGAGGACAGCUGCUGUAUUAAUAAAUGAUAUUUAUACUUUACUUAGUCUUCAACUUAUUAUCAUUGAAUCCAUUUUUUGUUCAAAUGAGCUAAACUGAGCGUUGGUGAAUAACCAUGAAAGAGCUGGUCGACUGCAUCCGUCUUGGUCUUCACAGUCAGCUUCAGCCUGUUCACUUGUUUAAGUUGAGCCUCAGGGCCCAGUGUCAGCUCCCUGAGCUGUGGACACACACACCGAUGACUAAUUCAGGGGAGGAGGUGUCACACAAACGCCGCCGGAUGAGGUGAGUGGGACCCAGAGGAAGCUGGAGCUGCAGAGAGAUGGAUGCACAGCUCGUGGUGAGUACCCGCACGCAGCCGUUUACACAAAAAAGUCAAUUAGUAGAUGAUGUUCAAUAUUAGGGGCCGAGACUCCCGUCAGAGACGUCGGUCCCUGAGAACCACCGUCCACAGGCUCGUCCUGAGCACAGCAGGGGUUUGUGCCUGCUGCUGAGCUUUAGGUCUGAGCCUCUUGGUGUUUUAACACCUGAGUUAACGCGUUUCCUCCUCGCUGUGUCUGAGUCUUUCCAAUCUGAACUAAAGCAGAGCCAGGUAAGUAAUCUGUUCCAGCUCUGCAGCGCGGUGUCGUCUGUCCCUCUCUCAGCCUCCCCUCCGGCAGCUUGUAAUUAACUGAUACUGUAUCCUGUGCCAGGGCAGGACGGCGGCCCGGCACCUCUCCCGGAUUCAGGAGGAGUCAGGCAGCAGAGAACACAGCACCUGCUUCCUGCCUCCCAUCGUCCAGCAGCAGCAGGCGCCUAGAGCAGGUGAACCAGAAAGACUGGUUCUGUACGAGCAGCAGAGGAAGCUGGAGGACGACAGGAGUCUGCUGGAGGAGUUGGGUCGUAUCGAGGCUGAACUUCGUCUGGAUGUCGAGCAGCGGCAGCAAACUGAAUCGUUUCAUCAGAAGAAAAACAAGCAGCUGCUGCAGAACCUGCUUCACCUGAGCCUCAGCCAGCGAGUGACCAAACCCUGGGUCAGCAGCUACUUCAGGAUGUUUCCUAUGCACAUCUACUGUCUACCCGUCCAGACCAUCAGACACAAAGGCCGAAGGCCAGGACAGAACAAACGGAGAUGAGGAGCUCGUCACAUCAGACAGCUGUGGAAUUAUUGUCUUAUUUCUGAUAAUGGAGACUUUCUUUUUAGGAUCUUAAGUAAAAUGUUAAAGCAGAGGGGUUCAUCUAAUGUUGCUUAUAAUGGUGCUGUGUCUGUGCAACAGAUGAUUUAACAGUUAAUAAACUGGAACUAAUAAACAUUUGAUUUCAUUUGGUUUCUACAGCUAACAGUAAAAAAUAGCAUGAAUAUAUAUGUAUGUUGUCUUUACUUCCAUAUAGUUUUUAGGUGCUCCUCCCAUCACUGUUUUAACAUGGUAAAGAAUUAAAAUGAGUUUCUGCUGCA